AUGCAGGAAGACGAGCCGUCGUUGAAUAUCCCGUCGCUCCUCACGCUAGCGGUUGUUUCGUUCUUCGUGCUACGAUGGUUCUUUAACCGCGAUGAGGGUUCUUCGGCUGGCGGCAGGCCCCGCGGGCGAGGAAAUGUUGUUGAUCCGGCGCAGGUUGAACAGAUCUCCCAGAUGUUCCCACAGCUGAGCACUCGCGAUAUUAUGUGGGACUUGCAGCGCAAUGGGGGUAGUGUUGCGGCGACGACGGAGAGGAUCUUGACUGGCCGGGGACUGGAAACGCCACCCCCGUCAUUCCAGCCCCAGAUCGUCCUUCCCUCGGCGAAUGCGCAACCCACCCAGGCCACGCGAGCCGCAUCGGCGUCCAAGGGCGGUGGCCAGGACUUGAUCUCCCGGUAUAAUUUAAGCGGAAAGAUCGCAGCCGAUAGCAACACAGAGCAGCCUCCUACCCCAGCAUCCACGAGCGCAUGGUCUCAAAACAAAGAGGAGCGCCAACGGCUGCUACAGAAGCGUCGGGAUGAGAUGAUUCUGGCCGCGCGGAGGAAGAUGGUCCAGAAGGACCAGGGAAACACCCAAUGA